ACUUGAAGGGAUCUUACUGCUUGGAUGCCAUGCCCUGUCAGGAGGUAAACCAAAGUAGAGUUUUGUUAUAGUCGAUACUUGGAUUAAACCAUGGCACUUUUUUCAAAUAUGUUCAUGAACUAAUAAUAAGAGUGUGUUGGACUGCGAUAUAGCUUUCAGGUGGAUUAAUUAGCGAUUUGUGUUAAUAAACACAAUUUAAGUUUAGCUUUAACUUUAAUGAUGAUGAAACAAAAUUAAAAUGUAAAUUUUGAAUGUUCAUUUUAUAUUUAUAUAAAAUAAAGCAAAAAACAAAGUUCAGAAGAACAGUGCAGGUGAAUGGAAGUAAAAUUUAAAAAACCAAAGAGGGAAAAGACACUUCAGCUAUGUAAAAUUGUGAAUUUUGUUUAUUUCGUAUGGAGUCAACAAAUCCAAUCUUGUUCUUAUGUUAAGUAUGUUCAACUAAUUUGUUUAGGUAACAAUUGCUGUUUGAUUAGCAACUCCUUUUAUAUUUGUAAGUGUAAGGCAUUGAACCACAUACUCCUUUUUAUAUUUGUAAGUGUAAGGCAUUGAACCACAUACUCCUUUUAUAUUUGUAAGUGUAAGGCAGCGAUUGCGGCAUCACACUUACGUUUCAAUAUUCUUUGUUACUUUCAGAAAUUCCUAGAAAGCCCUAGUCUCAUCUUGACAAGUUCCUGUAAGCCAAGCCUAGUAGAAAUCUGUAUCGCAAUGGCGUUAAGCAUUGCCGUUCUGCUGGCUACGUGCUGCCAUAUGGCCACACUACAUCACGUGCAGGGCGAGUUGACGUGCAACAAGGGACAGUAUCUACACCACCACUACGAUACGUCCCCCAUUUGUCUGCCUUGCCCGGAACAUACUUUUAUUUCUGAAGACAAUCACACUUUCACUGACUGUGGAAUCUGCAAAGUGGCCCACAGCCACCUCAAUCAAAUCAUAGUCAAACGUUGCACACCAUAUUCAGACGCAGUGGUCGGUUGUCCUAGCGGGUAUUUCCGUGCGGAACAUAUGCACACCGCUAGUGCUGGCGAGUGUCAGAAAUGCGCGGACUGUUCAGCUGAGCAUCUCCACGAGGCUAGUCCAUGUAAUGAGACCCAUGACACAGUGUGCUGCGCCAUCCCUGGAAUGGUGGCGGCCAUCACGAUGACAGGACAACAUAUCUGUGUGUUCUUGCAGGACAAGGAAAUAGAGAUCAUUAACAACGAGAGAAUUAGGGAAGGUCAAAACACUCUGUUAGCAUCAACGGAAAUACCAAGAAGAAAUCGAAAGACGAACUCAUUAAGUCAAAUUUUAAAGCGCAAAUUCCAAUCUUGAUGGAGAACCCUUGAAAGCAACACCGUACUCUAUAUAACACUGCAGCCGAAUGUUGACAGAGAGACAUCAAAGUAACACUUAAGAACAGGAAUCACGUGAACAAGUUAACCAUUGAGAUGUCAAUGAUGGAGUUUAAAUGUUCAUUUUGACUGGAACUUGUCAUGAAAAUAAAAUGGGCAUGAGCCAUAGUAAUGUUGCUAUGACAACGAAAAACAUUUCAUUAAGCGGUGUGUUUGAUUGAUGGCCAGAAUGUAGCACGGCGUUGGAAAAAUAUUUGAAUUAUGUAUUGUUCCGUUAAAACAAACAAGAAGACAUUCAAACAAAAAACAAACAAACAAACAAACAAACAGGUUAUCUCCAAUGUCUCAUGUUUUGUACUACGCCAUUCUUAAGUUCUAACGGACUUUUACGGACCAAUAAUUUUAGGUUAAAUAUUUGCGGACUGUCAGUAAAUUUUCAAACGGUUGAAAACUUUGCUGGGAACCCUAUUUUGAUUGAACAUCCAUUGUAAGUUAUCCGGAAGUGUGUAUAGUGAAUCAUUUUUGAGGCUAAUGUUUCAAUGUGCUUUGUGCAUGCGUGGGCGUGUGCGUGGGCGCGCGUGUCCGCACAUAUAGACUUAUUCAACAAGAUUUCAUUGAUAAGUUCGCUAUAUUUAACAUGACCUACAUAUUGACUGCCAAAGAUCGAAGCCAAUAAUGCGUCGUAGAAUCGAAGUGUUUAAGCAAUAACAAUGAGUCAUUUCUAAAUUUAGACGAAUACUAAUCACUAGCUAUAGCCGGCCAAACAUUGGCGACAGCAAUGCGUGUACUUGCCAUCUACUCAAGUUACCUGACUAAACAUGAACUCAAGAAACGCACAUUUAAGAGCCCAGUUUUUCCUACGCCCCUUCCCCUAUGAUACGCCACUUCACAUUUUUUAUUUCACGCCCAUGAACAAUAUAAAAUAUUCUGAUGUCCCAACCACUUUUAAACCUAAUAUUUUUUUUACAUCAUACUUAAAUUGAGACGAUUUCAUUUUUCGAAAAGAAAAUAUUACGCACCAAACGCAGUUGCGUU